AUGCCUGUCGACACUGGCGACCCGCACAGCGGGCGCGAGGCCACCGGAUGGCAGCAGUUCCGGGCUAUUGUGCGCAAGAACUGGCUGCUGCGCCUUCGGGGCGGGCGCAAGUGGUUUGGGCUUGGCGGCUGGUUUGCGGCGACGGUGGACGUGCUGGUGCCUGUCCUCUUCUUUGUGGUGAUGUGCAUCCCCAAGCAUUACAUGCGCCCCAUUGCCUACCCGGCAGCGCUGUCGCCGCUGUACCCAGCGCACAGCGCGGCCUGGGGGGAGGUUUACUCGGGCCCCGCGUCCGACGCGCCCGGCGACGCCGCCCGCCUGCUGUUUGCGCCCAACACCACCGCCGUCACCGGCCUCAUGCUGCUGCUGGCCAAGGCGGCGGCCUGCCCGCCUGGCGGCGCCAUCUCAGCAUACGCCUCCAGCUCAGCAUCCUUCUACCACUUCUUCGCCGCCUCUGCCAAGGCGGCGGCGGCGGAGCACCCAGAGUGCGCCAGCGGGGGUGCCGACGCCUGCCGCGCGCAGCCCGCGUGCUACCUGCCGCUGUACCAGCGCCAGCUGGCGGGCCAUGCCAGCGCGGAGGAGGCGGCAGCGGCAGCGGCGGCGCAGCCGGGCACAGUGGAUGCCCUGCUCGACUUCACCGCCUGGCAGCAGGCCCUGGACGCGCGGCAGGCGGCGCCGGGGCAGGGGCGGCAGCAGGCGGGGACACCGGAACGGGAGCCGGCGCAGCGGCAGCCGCCGCGCUGGCGGCUGCUUGAGGCGGCGCCGCAGCGCCCGCCCCGCCUGGCUGCGCAGCGCAGCGGGCAGGAGGGGGAUGAGGAGGAGGAGGGGGGCGAGGCGUGGCAGCAGGCGCUGCUGGGGCGGGAGGCUGGGGGGCAGCGGUGGCGGGGUGUGGGCAGCCCCCUUGUCUACUCCUACACACUGCGCAUGAAUCACAGUGAGGUGCCGCCCACCCGCAUGCUCCUGAACCAGUUCGACCUGCUGCCCGGCAAGCAGUACAAGCAGUACUGGUUCUUUGCUAACCUCCAGACCCUGGUGGAGCACGCGGUGCUGGCCCACGCCGCGGCUGGCCCGGCGGGGCAGGCCGCGUGGGAGGCCGCCAGUGGAGGCGCCGCUCGCGGGGCCGCCGCCCGUGGCACCGCGCCCUGGCUGGCUCGCCUGGCGCAGGCGUCGCCUCCGCUGCUGCCGCUGGCGCUGUCCGUCAAGCCCUUCCCCUGGCCGGCCACGAGCCUGGACCUGGGGGCUACCGCCGCCGCCCUCUUCUUCAACAUGCUGCUGGUCUUUGCCUUCCUGCAGCCCACCCGCGCAGCUAUCAUGUCUGUGGUUCAAGAGAGGGAGCUGCUGCUGAGGGAGGGCAUGCGCAUCCUGGGGCUGCAGGACGGCGCCUACUGGUCCAGCUGGUUCCUGACUCACUGGUCCGGCAUGGCGGUCAGCGGCGCGCUGUGCGCCGCGGUGGGCCUCUACCCCUUCUCCCACAGCAGCCUCCCGCUCAUGCUUGCCUUCUACUGGCUGGUGGCCGCCUCCUUGCUGCUCUUCGCCUACUGCCUGUCCACCCUCAAGACUCGGGUGGCUGGCGGCGCAGGGGCAGUGCUCUACUCUCUCGCCAUGAUGCCUGGCUACCUGAUGCCCUCGCUGCAGCCCUAUGGCGGCCCCGGCUGGGCGCUGUCCUGCCUGCUGCCCCCCUCCGCCAUCUCCCUCUUUGCCUCGGUGCUAGUCAAGCACGAGGCGGGCCUGACAUGGAGCACCCUCGGCAUGCCGGUCACCGUGGAGCACAGCUUCAGCGCUGCCAGCGUGUACCGCAUGCUGCUGCUGGAUGUGGCGCUCUAUGCUGCGCUGCUGUGGUACCUGGACAAGGUCGUCCCCUCUGAUGUGGGGCAGCAGCUGCCCUGGGCCUUCCCUCUCUCACCAGACUACUGGCGGCAGCAGUGGCGGCAGCUGGCGCCCGCCGCGACCGGCGCCGCCGCCGCCGCCGCGGCCGCGCCGGCGGCCAACGGGGGCGGCGACGGCGGCGGCUGCGAUGCUGCGGUGCGCAUCAUGGGGCUGCGCAAGGUCUUCCGUACCACAGACGGCAUGGAUAAGGUGGCGGUGGAUGGGCUGAGCCUGGGGAUGCGGCGGGGACAGAUCACCGCGCUGCUGGGCCACAACGGCGCCGGCAAGACGACGACGAUCUCCAUCCUGUCGGGCCUGCUGCCGGCCAGCUCCGGGGACGCUUUCUUCUACCCCGCAGCGGGGCGCGCCGGCCUGUCUGUGCGCGACGACAUGCCCGCCAUCCGCGGCUCGCUGGGCUUUGAUGUGCUGUGGCCGCAGCUGACUGUGAGGGAGCACCUUGAGCUUUAUGCCGCCAUCAAGGGCUAUGCCACCAGGCAAGCCGGGGGCUGGGCCGGCGGGGGUUGGGUGGUGGGGCCGCAGCCGGGGACAGGGGGCGAUGGAGCAGGCGUGCAGGGGCGGCGCGUACUGGUCGAGGCGGCGGCGGCCGAGGUGGGGCUGGAGGCCAAGCUGGGCUCCGCGGCGGCGGAGCUGUCUGGCGGGCAGCGGCGCAAGCUGUCGGUGGCGCUGGCGUUCGUGGGGGACCCGGCAGCGUCGUCGCCGCCGCUGCCGCAGCCGCAUGCUGCCGCUGCUCGGUUCACGUGGGGCGUCAUCCAGGCACGGCGUGCCCGCUGCGGUACCGCGGUACUGCUGACCACCCACAGCAUGGAGGAAGCUGACCUGCUGGCUGACGACAUCGCCAUCAUGGCACACGGCAGGCUGGCGGCGCUGGGCACCUCUCUCGACCUCAAGAGCCAGUUUGGGGUGGGGUACACCCUCACCCUCAGCCUGGCGGCGGGCGGGGCCGGCGGCGCCGCACAGGCGGCCGCGCAGGAUGGCGGCAGUGAAGGGGUGGCCGGCGUGGCGCAGCUGACGUCCCUGGUGCGGCGCCACGUGCCGCAGGCGCAGCUGCUGUCGGCCUCAGGCAGCGAGGCCGCCUACCGGCUGCCCAAGGAGUCCGCCGCCGCCUUCCCGCCGCUGCUGCGCGCGCUGGGGGGCGAGCGAGGCGACAACGGCGGCGGCGGCGGCGGCGGCGGCGGCGGCGGCGGGGAAGAUGCCCCGGCCGUGGCCGGCUACGGCCUGUCUGUGACGACGCUGGAGGAAGUGUUCCUGAGGGUUUCGGAGUCGGCAGGCGCGGCCGCCGACGCCGCGGCGGCGCCAGCCGGCGGCGGCGAGGGCACGGCGCCCGCGGCCGCGGCAGCCAAGGAGCUGCCGGGGCGGGAGCAGGGGGAGGGGGGCGGCGGGCGGGAUGAGUUUGUGGUGGUCAACCUGCCGAUGAGGUGCUACCAAAAGGGCUGGGCGCUGUGGUGGCAGCAGCUGCGUGCGCUGGUGGCGAAGCGGGCGCUGUGCGCGGCGCGCGACUGGUGGGCGGCCCUGGUGCAGGCAAGUGUGGCGGUGCCGGUGCUGCUGGUGCUGCUGGCGCUGUGGGGCAACGCCGUGUCGGCGGCGCUGCCGCAGCAGCCGCCGCUGGCGCUCGACAGGCCCACCGCGCUGAGCGGCAACCCCGCAGCCUACGGCGCCGCCGCCGACCUGCGCUCUUCUGCCGGCGGCGCCGCCCAGCUGGCCUCCUUCCUGGCCGGCUAUCCAGAGGCCCGGGACACUGGCGCCACCCGCAUCCUGACGCUGCCGAUGUUUGAGAAGCUGAACGGCAGCCUGGAUGGCUGGCUGCUGGGCCAGUGGCACAACAGCGCCGCCAGGCGGUAUGACGCCUUCUUCCUGCAGACCCUGCCCCCCAACCUCACCUCGGGGGCGGUGCCGGAGGCCGGUACGGUGCUGCAGUACAGCGUGGCCGCCAACCAGACCGCCAUCCACGGCCUGCCUGCCGCCAUCACCCAGGUGCACGCCGCGCUGCUGCGCUGGCUGACGGGCGACGCAGGCGCCGACAUCCGCCUCACCUCCCACCCGCUGCCGGUACUGCCUCGCGAGCAGGACAUGCGGAUCACGGAGGAGGCAGGCGCGCCACACGCUGUACACUGCAACCUGCUGCUGGUGAUGUGCGUGGUGCUGGCCACCUCGGUCCUCUCAGCCUCCUUUGCCAUCUUCCUGGUCAGGGAGCGCGCCAGCGGCGGCAAGGCGGUGCAGCUGAUUGCGGGCGCCGCGCCCUCCGCCUUCUGGGCCGCCAACCUGCUGUUCGACCUGCUCUAUUACUCGGUGCCCGCCGCUCUCAUGGUAGGCCUCUUUGCCGCCUUCCGCCUGCCCGCCUUCUCGGGACCGCGCCUGGCGGCCACCGCGGCCAUGCUGUGGGCCUUUGCCCCUGCCGGCCUCUGCCUCACCUACCUCCUGCAGUCCGCCUUUGAGGACGAGGUGCGGGUGCUGGUACGGGCCAACUCCCUGUACUUCACCACCGGAUACCUGGGAUACCUGGCAGUCUGGAUACUGGAUACCAUCGCCAUGUUCAUGCCGCGCCCCGGCGUGACCCGCACCCGCACGGUACUGCGCCUGGUGCUGCAGUCGCUGUCCCCCCACUUCUGUGUAGCCAGAGGCCUGCACCUGAUCUCGGGCACCUACCACCCAGACCAGCUGGCAGCCCGGCUGGAAAGCGCGCUGGGCGGCGGCGGGGCCGCCGGCGCGGUGGACGGCCCCUGGCCUCCCACCCCCGGCAGCUGGCUGGGGCCCUGGGCCUGGCAGGUGUCGGGCCAGCUGCUGGCCAGCCUGGCGGCGCAGGCGAUACUGUACGGUGGUGCUGUGGUACUGGUGGAGGCUGGAGUGCUUUCCCGGGGGCGGCGCCGCGUGGCGGCAGCCUGGCGCGGGCGCAGGGCCCGCACAGGCGGCGCCGGCGGCGGCGGCGGCUACCAGCCGCUGCCGGGGCAGGAGGAGCAGGGGGGGCAGCCCUCUGGGGCAGCCGCCGCGGCGGCUGCCGAGCAGGGGGAGGCGGAGGAUGCUGAUGUGGCGGCCGAGCGGCGGGCCAUCCAGGCAAGCAGCGGGCACCUGGCCGCCGACAGGGUGCCCGUGCUGCUCAGGGGCGUCAGCAAGUCGUUCUGGCAGCCGCCCGAGAGCGGCAAGGGCCGCGAGCGGGAGCAGGGGCACGAGCACAGGCACGGGCUGGGGCCGGGGCCGGAGGCGCCUGGGAGCGAGGAGCGGCGGGGCGCCAGCGAGGCGGCACAGGCAGGGGGCGGCGUCGUGCGCGCUGUGCGCGACCUGUGGCUCAGCAUCGGCAAGCCGCAGGCGGCCGACGGCGGCGGCGGCGGCGGCGGCGGCGAGUGCUUUGGCCUGCUGGGCGUGAACGGCGCGGGCAAGACCACAACCUUCCGCAUGCUCACAGGGGAGGUGGUGCCAGAUGCCGGCGACGCGCUCGUGGGCGGCCUCUCGCUGCUGCAGCAGACAACUGCUGCUCGGCAGCUGCUGGGGUACUGCCCCCAGGCCAGCGCCCUGCCUGCCCAGAUGACGGGGCGGGAGGUUGUGCGCAUGUAUGCGCGCCUGAGGGGCCUGCCUGAGCGACUGAUUGAGGUGGAGGCCACCCGCCUGCUGAAGCAGCUGGGGUUGACGGAGUAUGGUGGGCGCGCGUGCGGCACCUACAGCGGCGGCAACCGCCGCAAACUGAGCGUGGCGGCGGCGCUGGUGGGGGCGGCGCAGGUGGUGCUGCUGGAUGAGCCCUCUACGGGCAUGGACCCAGGGGCGCGGCGGGCGCUGUGGGGCGUCAUCCGUGGCGAGAUGGCGCGGGGCCGCACCGUGCUGCUGACCAGCCACAGCAUGGAGGAGUGCGAGGCUGUGUGCGGGCGGGUUGGGGUCAUGUCUGGCGGCCGCCUGCGCGCCCUGGGCUCUGUGCAGCACCUGAAGACCAAGCAUGGGCAGGGGUACUCCCUGGAGAUGCGCGUCCCUCCCGGGUGCGCGGCGGCCGCCGCGCAGCUGGUGACCCGCUGCUGCCCUGGCGCGCGCCGCCGCCCCGAGCACUGGCAGGCGGCGGCGGCGCAGCUGCACGGCGGCGCCGACGGCGGCGUGGGCGGAGGCGCGCAGGGUGGCGGCGAGGGCGGGGGCGACACACAUCUGAGCUUCAUGAUACCCCAGCAGCAGGCCGACCUGCCUGGCCUGUUUGCCGCGCUGGAAGCCGCCAGGGCUGGCAGCGUGGCAGGCGCGGGCGCGGAGGCCGCGCCCCGGGCCGCCGCGCCGCCGCUUGUUCUGGAGUACUCGCUCAGCCAGACCACGCUGGAGCAGGUGUUCCUGGCCCUGGCUGCUGCGGCCGCCCACGAGGAGCAGCAGCAGCAGGAGGAGGAGGAGGAGGAGGUUGGCAACGGCGCCGACCACCUGCAGGGUUGA